AUAGCUCUUCUAUAUCAUCUUUUCCAUUUCUCAUCCCCAUUAUCAAAACACUAGCAGCUAUCACCCUACUUUUGACUCUCCAAACAUGACCUGCUUUACUGCUUGUUGUUUCCCUGCUUCAAACCACAAGAAACUCAUAAAGCCCACCAAUGAUGACCCCCUCCCUUCUUCCAAAAAACAGUGUCUCCGCAAUCUGCUCGAAGCCGAUGAUGAGAGUGAAAUUAUUAUUAUGAAAUCAUCUCACAUUUUGAAUUCCAAAGAUGAAGAAGAGAAAGGCACAUUUGAUUUGGAUUGUAAGCAAGAAGAUGAUGAUGUGGCCGGGAAAGGGAAUGAGAAGGAUGAAGGCAGCAGCGGCGGCGGCGGCAAACCAGAGAUCAGUACGGACUCGAGCUUCUUUUCGCUGCCGCUGAAUCUUCUCACGCGCCACCGUGGUGGCUGCGACGAGGAAGACGAGGAAGAGUCGCUCUUCUCCCUGUCCAUAGACUCCAUUCGUCAGAAGCGUUCUGUGAAUCAAAACGGCCGCAGGGACAGCGACCAGUCGGUUCAAUCCGAACCGAACCAGAUCGAAAACUCGGGUAGGCCGCGGAAAGUGAAAAAGAUCACCCCAUCGCCAUUGUUGCAGGAGAAGCUUCAAGAAAAGGAAAACCUGCAGAAACUCGAGAACUCGCCAACAAGGAGGAGGAGAAGAAGAACAAAGUGUAAUAAAGGGUUUGGGAAAAGGCCGAUAUUGGGGGCUUUGAAUUGGAAUUUGAUUUCAAGAAAUUAAAAUUCAUCCCUAAUUUUAGUUUGACUUUUGGAUAAAAAAUUUGAACCAAAGAUCAACUAAAAUUGGAAUGUGCAAUGAAGGAGGUGAGAUCGG